AUGUGGCUGGAUCAUUUCAUUCUGGCUUCGCCACAUGUUCCGGUCAACGAAGAUAGCGUGCAGGGGCUCAUCGGCCAGUACUUCACAAAGCCGAGCUCGAUUCCCGCAGAUGCUCCAGUUCAUGUGGUGGCAGGCGACGUGGCCAAGGCAGAGCACGCAGUGGAGCAGAAGAAGCUUCGCAUUUUGUCCCCGCCCGAGAUGGUGAUGGCGGUGCUGCUGGCGGUGCAGCGGGACAUAAAGACCAGCGACAUGGAUGUGCUGCACGAGUGGGCAGAGGCGCUGGCAGCUUGCCCCUGUGUUUUCCACAAGAUUGAUAACGAGGACGAGCGCCACAUUGCGUCUCUGCAAUUGAGGGAGAACAUCUCGCAGAAUUUCGCCAGCAUGCGUAUGAGCGCUCUACAGAAAGUCUUUGACAUCCAAGGCCUUAUGGCCGCCAAAACCAGCCUCACCAAAGAGCAAGUCGUCGCGCACUAUGCCGCCGUCAGGUACGCUAAAAAUUCAGAACCAGUCAAGGCACGCUUUGUCGAUGACGCGCUCUACGUGUUGAAGCACGCGUUGCCCAACCCCAAGGUCCAGAGCAUCGUGUUGAAGAUGGAGAACUACGGUCCCGCGAACCCCUUUGAUUCGGUGUGCAAACUGCAGAAAAUCGCAAAGCGCGCGGGCGGGUCAAAGGAGAACCUGGAGUGGUGCUUUCAGAUUUUACAGGACUUUUGGGAGGCUGGGUACUACGCAGAGGACAAGUUUGCCGACAGGGCCCUGGAUGGCAAACAGUCGCGAUGCGACGGCAAAGGCACGGUAGACCUGCUCGUGGCCAAGCGGGAGGUGCUUGUUUACUUGACUGGGGAGUUGUUGGACAGCCUCUUCAAAGAUGAUGACAAAGCCGUGAUCCGCAACACAUGCCGCUGCGUGGAGUCUUUCAGGGAGAAGUGCGGCUAUAUCAAUGCGCCCCAGCACCGCAAGGUGGACCUGCAGUGGAAAGCUGGCUUGGCCAAGCCCGUGGACAUGAUGCUUCAGCUCAUCGAAGUGGCUGUGUACUCGCAGGACCUGGACCCGGCCAUCUUCUCAGGCGUGCGGCAGAGGAAGGACGCGAAGGGCAUUUUGGAGACACAGCCUUUUUCAGACAAGAUUGAGGCGGUGCGGAAGGCUAUCCAAGAGGCUCAGCAGCCGGAUAGAUAUUCCCUUGCCCAGGCGGCUGGCCCCAGCGAGGAGGCCGAGGAUAGCGAGCGCGAGGCUGACUUGGACGGGAAUGAGCCACCCUCCGACCUGGUCCGCGAAUGGCAGACGCUUCAGGGCCAAAAAAAAACCAUUGUGGAUAGCUAUGUCACGACAUGCUGGAACACAUUGGACACCAUCGUCAAGCUCGAGGUGGAGCCUGCGGAGGGCCUGGCGGACUUUGUUCAAGAACGGCUAAAAGGGAGCGCUUGCCAAGCGAUCAGGGACAAAGCGAAGACUGACGAAGCUCCCAGCAACAGCUCCAGCUAUGCCAUGCUCAUCUACGAUAUGAAGUCUGCUGGCGAGGCGUCCAGUCACCCGAGCACUCGGCUUCCACCUCUGCGGCAGAACGGGGAGCACUUGAAGGACUUCAUCAGAGGCAGCCUGGCAGCCAAUGUCGGCCACAUGAAAGAUGACCUGGCCGACGCAGACUUGUGGGUCAUCCCGGACGGCAUGAAAGCAGGUGCAGGAGCCAAAAGGAAGAGGCCCAGGGCAAGCAAGGAUGCAGCUGCACCGCUGCCGGCCGUGCGCGGCAGCGUAGCUCAGGCACUUCCAGGACCUGCCUCGCCCUUGUUGCUCCCAGUGAAGUGCCGAGACGUGCGUGUGGCUUCUGAUUGCACAGGCUUGGACACUGCAGGCACGGCGUUGCGGUUGGCUGGGCUUCAGCCAUAUACCGUGUUCGCCUCAGAAAAAGACCGCCAAACGCGCGUGACGCUGCUGGCAAAUUACGCUCAACAGACCGGCGCCUUGUUCCAGGAGGGUCGGCCACCGCCGCUGAUCUUCAAGGACAUUAUGAAGCGAGACGACGGUCAGCUCCCAUCAGCUGCGCGGGAGUUGGACCUGUACACGGCAGGGCCUCCCUGUCAGCCCUACAGUCCCCAAGGCAAAGGCGAAGGACUGAAGGACCCCCGCGGCCGAGUGCUGCUCCGAGUCUUGCAGACCAUCGCAAGCGUCAGACCCCAGAGCUUCAUGCUAGAAAAUUCCUCGACUUUGGCCACCCACGCCAAGUUCAAGCCGCUGUUGGAGCUCAUCCUAUUCUACUUGAACAGCCUGACAGAGGAAAAUGGAUCGCAGUACUACAGCGUGUCCUACCGAGUCCUGGACACCAGCGUCACCGGCGGCUUGCCCCAGGCGCGGCGUCGGACGUACAUUGUGGGGUGGCGACGCAGCGCCCAGCAGCGGCCGUUCCAGUGGCCACGGCCGCUGCCAUGCAUGUCCCUCCAUGAAGUUUUGGUUGAGGACCCGCAGAGCAGCACAGCUGUGGCCCGCGCUCCAACGGAAGCCGGGCAAGGCAGACUAAAGGCCAACAUGGCCAAAGCCGCGCGGAAGAUCUUUAAGAGCACGCAGAGCUGCGCAGCCCUACAGGAGGCCAUUUGGGUGGCAGAUGUCGGCGGCAGUCGCUCGCGCGGUGGGAGCUGCAGCGCCAACAAGUCGCCCACGCUGACUGCCUCGCGCUGCUCGACCGGUGGGCACAUGCUAUUGCCUCACAACCGCUUCAUGGUCUUGGAGGAGAUGGAGACCUUGCAGGGGCUGCCGCAGAAGCAGUACGAGAUACCAGCCAAGGUCUCGCUCCAGAAGUUUGCGCACAUGAUCGGCAAUGCCUUUUCUACGCCCGUGUGCGGACGAGUUGCUUUGCGCCUUCUGCGGGCCGUCGGGGCUGUGCCGGCCACUGCGGCAGACCCUUGGGCCAGCACCGUGAUGGGUCUGACGCCAAAAACAUUGCUGGGUGGCUUCAUGGACGCCACCGGGGGCGCGCUCAACAAGCAGGUGCGGGUUCUGCACGUUCAGAUGGAAGAGAGCAGCUACUUCCAGCGGUACGAGAAAGUGCGGGGUUUCAAUUUCAACUUGAUGGAGCAAUUCUAUUGCGUCACCAAGGAUUCCCUUGACAUGCCCGUCCGCAACCGGAAGCAUUUUCCUGGCACCAACCGAAGCAAUUCGUUGGGGCCGGUGGUAAGCCCGCCACUGACAAAAGAGCAAUCUCACAUGAUCCCAUGGAAGGUCAAGAAGGAUGUGUGGUCUGACAAGUGCAAAGGAAGCUGCAAGGUUGGCGGGGCCGCGCCUGCGGGGUCUGAGUCCUUGGUGAGGAAGCCGGACACCCUGGAGCCCCUGUCUUUCCAUUCGCAGCCAUGGCACUUGUGGGCAGAGUUGAUUCAUUCGCACAAUGUGCAAUGUGUCAUUGACUUCACGGUGGGCCCCGGGUACGCUGCCGAGGCCGCCCUUAUGGAGAAAAAGCCUUUCUUAGGAUUCUGCCAGACUAGUCUUCACAUGAAUGUCGUGCGGCAGUACCUCUUCGGCCGCUUGUGGGCACACAUGCAGAGCCCAAGCAGUCAGUAUUACGCUGCAGAGCUGCGCGACGCUCUGCAGGCCAGUGCUUUGUUUUAUGCUCAGACGCAGUGUUUAUUCUGCUGCUACAAUAUUUCAAACCAGUCUGAAACCAAGUGGUCUCGCCGUGCCUGCCAACCACGACGCAGGCGGACAGCGGCGGUGACAGCAGCUUGA